UCCGGGCAGCGUCGCUCGCUCCAGGGCCGUUCGCAGCGGCCGGUGUGGCCCGGCCAUGGCGGCCCCGCGGCCGGACCCCGCGCUCGCCCGGCAGCUCUUCUUCGAGGGCGCGGCCGUGGUAGUGCUGGACGUGCCGGAGGGCACCGAGUUCGGCAUCGACUAUAGCGCGUGGGCCGUGGGGCCGCGGUUCCGCGGCGUGAAGAUGGUGCCGCCGGGGCUGCACUUCGUGCACUGCAGCGCGGGCGGCGCGGGCGGGCGGGACUCGGGGCCGCGCUCCGGCCGCUUCCUCAGCCUGCGGCGCCGCGAGGUGCGGGUGCUGCGCUGGGAUCCCGCGGGCGAGGCCGUGCGGCCCGAGCCCCCCGAGCAGGGCGAGGCUCUGCGGGACCGYCUGCGGGAGCUGGACCCCUUCCUCGGGCCCUACCCCUACGAGACGCUGAAGAAGUGGGUGUCGCUGACCAACUUCAUCAGCGAGGCGGUGGCCGAGGAGCUGCAGCCCGAGAGCGGCCAGAUCUGCGCKUUCGCCGAGGUGCUGCCCGAGACGGCGGGGCGGCACACGCGGGACCGCGCCGGGCAGGUCCGGGCGCCGCUGGGCGCCGAGUGCCGCAGCUACGCCGAGGGCCUGGCCCGGCUGCCCCGUAUGCGGCCGCGGGCCGGCACCCAGAUCCGCUUCUCCGAGCUGCCCCGGCAGGCCUUUCCCGACGGGGCCACCCCCGAGGAGAUCACCCGGCACAGCAUGGACCUGAGCUACGCCCUGCAGCGGGUGAUGGAGCAGCGCUACCCCGGCCGGCCGCUGGGCCUGCUCGCUGAGUUGCAGUUUGCCUUCAUCUGCUUCCUGAUUGGGAACGUGUACGAUGCCUUUGAGCAUUGGAAGAGACUCCUGAACAUGCUGUGCCGAUCAGAGGAGGCCAUAGGGAAGUACCAAGACCUUUACAUCAACCUCAUUUCUGUGCUGUAUCACCAGCUCAACGAGAUCCCGGCAGAUUUUUUUGUGGACAUCGUCUCCCACGACAACUUUUUAACCAGCACUUUACAGGUGCUGUUCUCCUGCACAUGCAGCUCUGCUGUGGAUGAGACUUUGAGGAAAAAGGCUGAGAAGUUCAAGGCUCACCUGACCAAGAAGUUCAGAUGGGACUUCGAGGCUGAGCCUGAUGACUGUGCCCCUGUGGUGGUGGAGCUGCCUGAGGGUGUGCASGUGGACUGAGCCAAGGGCCCCUUAGGAGCAGACAGCUUUUAACGUGACCCUUCUCUUCUCCAACCAUGCCAGCUGCUUAAAGGCUUGUAAUGCAGCUGAUCCUCUUCCUGUUGGAGAAGCAGAUGUGGGAAAGCCAGGAGGAUGCUGAGCUUUGUGGGGAGACCAGAGGAGUCUGAGUGCUGCCACAUGGCUGCUUUGGACCCCUGAGGUUUUCCCAGUCCUUCUGUGGCAUCUCAGAACACAAACCAUGCACAAACUCACAGGAUCAUUAAAGCUGCAAAAGACCUUUUAAUAUCAUGGAGUCCAACCCUAAAUCUACCACUGUCAAGAUCCUCCUGCACUCAGCUGUCCUCUGCAUCCCUGCUCCCUCCUGCUGCUGGGCUGGAGCUGGUGCCCUGCUUGGCUUAGGGCUAUGAGCCCACGGAGUGGUCUUGGCUGGUUCUGGUAGCCCAGACCCAGGCUGUGAGCUGAAGGCCAGCUCUUCCCGGGCUCGUGCUGCGGUGCUGUGACCACAGCUGUUUCACUGCUGGGUCAGAUGCUCAUGGAGCUCACUGGGAUUUGUCUCAAAGCCACAGCAAAAUUCCUCCCAUUGCAUCYACCCAGUCUCAUUGCUGUCCCUCCCAUUCCAUUAAACCCUUUUGUAUUUACUGCUGACCCUCUGUUUUGGCUGAUGUAACAGGGAACAGUUUGGUGACAAGAAUCAGAAUUAUUGGACUGUAGUCACCCAGGUCUUAAGGACCAAGCCAACAUGAGAUAAAAAGUCAGAUUUCCACAUGAACUGGAUUCUCUGUUUUAAUUGGAAAUCAUCUGGUUUUGCUCAAAACCAGAGCACCCUGAAAAUUAACAGUUUGUAAUGGUCAGGUUCCCAUGAUGAACUGCACUUUUGGCAGCUGAGAAAAGAKAAUAAAAUUGUACUUUCA